UAACCUGUUGCUUGCCAACAUUCACAUCCAAUUCCAUCAAUCAGUCUGCCAGCGUCUGUCUCUUCGUCAUCCAUCCCCAGCAGCAGCAGUAAUCACCAUCAUCGCACAUCGUAGUAACCCGUAGACGCAAAGCAAUUUCUGCUGAUCCUGCUGUUGCAAUCAGCAAGCCUAGCUAGUAUCAGAGUAACGGUUACGCAGCGCAGAUCACUGCACACUCGAAUCUUGGCCUACUAUCACUCGUUGCCCAGACAGUGGCGAAGGCAGACGCGGCCACGACCAGACAGAGAGAGAGGGAUAGAAAGCAGCAAGCACCGUCGUCCAAGUAGCCCAAGAUCGAACGGGGCGCAAUCGAAAAGGAAUUUCAUUCAUCAGCCACCACCAGUGUGUGACGCAAGAGAGUGCUGUACGCGCGCGGGCGCCAAACUCUCUCCGAAAUCUCCUGCGAGCUGUGUGAGUGUAACCUAGAAACAAUUCCAAGUGGUCAGAGGUCAGGACCAGGAUCCCCCCCGGGCCAAUCGAACUGGUGUAUGUGUGUGUGAGGGGGUGUGCGUCGUCGUCGUCGACGAUCGUGUACGGAAAUUGGGGGAAGAACACCAGGGCCAGGCUAGAAGAAGCAGCGUGUAUGUAAACAAAAGUGAUGAGGUGGACAAGUGGAUGAUUGGACAGUUUAGUGUGUUGUUGGAUCAAGUUGGCGUUGGCGAGACACUGGAAGUGAGUGAGUGAGAGAGAGAGAGCGCGCGCGAUCGAUUGUAGAAGGAGAAAGUUUUGAUCGCUGAAGCACAUACACGCUCGACUGCUACGAUCAAGGAUGAUCCAGGAGUUGGUGCUGGCUGCGAUCGGAGCGAUCCUGCUUCGACUAGUGUACCUGUUGGUGGUCAUUCGACGGAAUGCUUCCGCAGGUCUUCAGGGUGUGCUCAAGCGGAAGGGUCCGGCCCGUACGAUGAUCGUGAUGGGUUCCGGAGGUCAUACCGCCGAAAUGCUGCAGAUCGUGGAGCGACUUGACUUUGCGCGUUACACUCCGCGGCAGUACGUGAUCGCAGCCGCCGACAAGACCAGUGUGGUCAAAGUGAUUGACGUAGAGGUUCACCGGGAACCAGACAUGAGCAAGCAACAGUACGAGAUCGUCACCAUCAGCCGGAGUCGUCACGUGCAGCAGAGCUACUUCAGCUCGAUCUUCACCACGCUGACGGCGAUCUUCAACAGCGUUCCGGUGGUGCUGCGGUACCGGCCGGAUCUGAUCCUGACCAACGGGCCCGGUACGUGCGUUCCGAUCUGCGUGGUGGCAUUCCUGGCCAAACUGUUCUGGAUAAACCGCAGCUGCCGGAUCGUGUUCGUCGAAAGCUUCUGCCGCGUCAAGAGCCUCUCGCUGAGCGGCAAGAUUCUGCUCUGGAUUACGGAUCUGUUUAUUGUGCAAUGGCCCGGGUUGGCCAAACAGGCCAACGGAAGUGCCACCAGCCGGAAGGUGGAAUGCUUCGGUCGGUUAUCGUCGUAAGUGUAAACGGAUUAAUGUUCAGUUAAGUUUGUUUUUCUGUGAGUACACAGAUCAGGCGUGAAACGUGGGAAGUCUAGAAGGAUCAUUUACUAGUUUUAAGAUCAGUCUGAAUUUACCUUUGAACAUUUUUGAAUAAUAUCUGGAAAAAUCGUUAAUUUUGUGGUAUCUUGAAACAAGUAAACUGCUAACGGAUAGGACUUGUAGCAAAAUAGCACCAAAGAAACAUUACAUUAAGUUCCACUGCGAUUUCUUCUGAAUCUCUUGACGAAAACUGUUCUCUAAAAUCAAAUUGAUGAGUUUAAAUUGUAUAUUUCUUGGUUUUUUUUUAUUAGGUCCUUUACACAUUUGAAAGACAAUAGCUUAUACGACCUUUUCAAACAAAAAAAAACUCUAGAUUUGGUCGAAUACUGCGUUAUCUUCGAGUUAAAAUUUAAUUUGAGAAAUUGUAUGUAAACUUUCACAAAAUUCUUAAAGCAAUUUAUAAUUGAUUUUUUGUUUUGAUUGAAAUCUUGGUUCAAUUUUUCAAACGUUAGCUUCGUGUUCUUCGACACUUAAGUCCAUUAUUCUUAUUUAAACAAAAGGAAUUUUCUUCGCAUUUAAGUAUACAGUUUUUAAGCAUGUUUUGAAAAAUCCUAAAUUUUAAAUUUUUAUUUUCUUUGUCAAACUGCCUUUUUCUCUAUGAAUAUUAGCUAAACGCAGAAUCUGACGCUCAGUUUAGAUAACAGAGUCUCAAUCGCGCCACACUGUCAUUUAUACACGCUCAAUUAAAGUGCAUUAAAUAGUCUACGUCGCAGUAUCAACUCACCAGGUAGCCCUACACUCAAAGUCAGAAGUAUCCCUCAAAAGGGUACUUUUAAUCCUCAAAAAGGAUACUUUCUAUCCUUUUUUAAAGUUCACCCGGCGUCACCCUUUUAAAAGGGUAUGUCAAAUUCAGUACAUUUUCGAUACCCUUUUAAAGGGUGACGACGGGUGAACUUGAAAAAAGGAUACUUUUUACUUUGAGUGUAGUGUGUUUAUCGUUGCUCAUUGCUGUUUCACGUCUGUUACUCUGGCAAUAAACCCAUUUUAAAUGAUCGAAAAAAAAAUCAAGCAAUUAUCGGGAAGAAUCAAAAGUCGAAGGAACUUUCCUCCUUCUUAUAUUGGUAACGGUAAUGCGAUAAGAAAGAAAGAGCGAGAGUGAACGAACAAGUGUGCGAACGAGCGAGUCAUUGCGACUGUUGAGUGUGACCGUUUUGACCGUCCUCUACCCAAACCCACCCCACCAUCCCCACUGGAGUCUUACGGUAGCUUUUUAUAUCACUAUUAUAAACCUAGUUACGAUUACACGCGCUUUCGAUGGAAGAUUGGAGGCGAGAAAAAAGAUCGUUUGAACUAAUUAUAAGUGCCGGUGUAUUAUUGUUUCUCUUAUUGAUUUGUAAUAUUUUUAGAUGUAAUUUAUAGAAUCGAUUAAAAAACAAAUACAAUA